UAAUUGUUCCUCUUUAAAUGUGAGAAACAGUACUUACAUCGGUAUUAUUAACAUAACAAAUCAAUUUGGACUGAUGGUAAAUAAUUGAGCAAAAUAUAAUGGACCUGGAAUUAGUUUGUGAAGAAACUGAUUUGGAUUCGCUGCAACCAUAUCCCUCUGGUGCUCCUUCUACCCCAAAUUCGAACCGAUCAUCUCCAACCAUUUGUAACGAUGAAGCCAAUUUUCAACCACAGUUAUUUUUACAAGGAUCUUCUGAAAAUGGAGACUCAUUUUCAGGAUUUAUGGCAGGAAUGGAAAGUAAAUCAAAUAAUUCUAAAAGAGGUCCCGGCCGACCUCGGAAAGAUUUACCCCAAUGUAAAAACAGUGUGAAACGUAACAAUAUUUCUGUAGCGCCAUUGUCGUCAUCUGAAAGUUCCAAUACAGGAUAUCCUGAAGAUAAAUCAAUAACAAAUGUAGAUGAACUUUCAAGUAAUGAAUACGCGGGAAAAAUAUGUUGUUUAUGUAAUCUUGAUGAAAAGAGUGCUUUGGGACAGGGAGAUUUUUUAAGGUGGGAGGUGGAUCCGGAUAACUGUGAGAAGGCUAUUCAAUACUAUAUGGAAAAUACCACUAAAAGCGAUGAAACAUUAAGAAAUACCACCAUAGACCAAGUUUCAUUUCGACGACAUAAAAGUAAUUGCAGAGUGAAAAUUUCUCAAAAUGAAUGUUUCAAUGAAUUGGAUAAAAUAGGACAUUCGGAAAAAGUGUCUUUGAAUACUCUUUUAGAUGGUUCAUAUAUAUAUUUACAUCGUAUGUGUCUUAUGUGGUCCCAAGGAGUAUAUGGAAAAACUAAUGAAAUUAAGUCAAACAUAGAGUUCAUAAUUGCUAAAAGUCUCUCCCAAAAAUGCUCAUUUUGUGGACAGUAUGGAGCAAGUAUCACUUGCAAAAUGAGUUGUACAAAAAUAUUUCAUUUGCCAUGUGCUGCAGCAUCCGCUAGCUUUCAAAUCAUGGAUAACUUUAUGGUGUUUUGCUUGGACCACAUUGAACAAGUGAAGAUUAUAUGUCCAGAUGCUAAUAUCACGUGUCAAAACUGUUCAACCACGGAUAAUAUAGUAAAAAUGAUCAUGUGCGCCACUUGCGGUGAACAUUUUCACACCAAUUGCGUUGGUCUAAUAAAUACUCCAGAAACUCGAGCGGGAUGGAAUUGUUCCAACUGUCGUAAAUGCCAAAUUUGUAGAGAAGGUGACGGUACCGAAGGUCGUUUAAUUAAAUGUGAGCAGUGCCAACGAUUAUAUCAUAAUACCUGUCUGCGACCCACGAUUUCAUCUUUGCCAAAAUAUGGCUGGAAAUGCAAUCGUUGUCGAGUUUGUACUGACUGUGGUUCAAGAACUCCAGGGGGUGGAACGUCAUCUCGAUGGCACUGUCAUUACACAAUUUGUGAUUCAUGUUACCAACAACGUAAUAAAGGAUUUUCUUGUCCUAUUUGUCAUAAAGCUUACCGAGCUUCUGCUCAUAAAGAAAUGGUUAAAUGCAAUUUUUGUCAUAGGUUUGUACAUAGUACAUGUGACGAAGAUGCAGACUUGAUUACUUAUCAUAAAAAUAAGGAAAAUAAUCCGGAUUAUGAUUAUAUAUGUCCGCAAUGUAAAUUAUUAUCAAUGAGUGAAAAGAUUAUUACAAAUCAAAGUAAUCAAAAUCGCUCAGGAGAAGGAAUUACUUUGCCUCAAGGAAUAGAUGAUAAUUUUAUUAAGGAAAUGGACAUAGAAAAUUUUCAAAAUAAUUGUGGAAGUGAUUUUAAUUUAUCAGAAUCUCAAUCAUCCAAAAUAUUCAGAAAAAAAAUAUUUUAUCGCGGUGGUCGAGGUGGGAAAUUGAUGGGACAAAAGAGUAGCAUUUUAACACAUCUAGGACGAAAACGUAACUCUGUACGAGGUAAAGGACGACAACUGUUAUUAAAUAAUAUCAAUUUAACUUCAAAUGGCGAAAGAUUACUAACCUCGAGUAAAUCCUGUGAUGAUUGCCAGUCCAUGGAAAGGAAAAUGUUACUGUGCUCUGCAAAGGACAAAUUUCUUUUAUCGCAAGACUUGUGUGUAAUGUGUGGAUCUGCUGGUCUUGAAAAGGAAAGUAAUCUUAUUGCUUGUGCACAAUGUGGCCAAUGUUAUCAUCCUUAUUGUGUGAAUACAAAAAUAUCGACAGUAAUUUUAGAAAGGGGUUGGAGGUGCCUUGAUUGUACUGUAUGUGAGAGUUGUGGUCAAAGAAACGAUGAGGGCAGACUAAUCCUUUGUGAUGAAUGCGACUUGUCAUAUCAUAUAUACUGUGUGAGCCCUCCUUUAGAAACAGUACCACAUGGGAAUUGGAAAUGUAAGUGGUGUGCUGCUUGCCAAAAAUGUGGUCGAUUUUCCCCGGGUGUAAACCAACAAAGCCGUAAUAUAGUAAAUAGUAGUAUUAUGGAAUGUGGUCAAUGUUUAAGCCAAGAAAUGUGUUCGUUUUGCGGCCAACGAUAUAAUGAUGGUGAGCUCAUUAUCCAGUGUAAAAAUUGUGAACGUUGGUUACAUUGUCGUUGUGACUCUAUAAAUACUGAAGAAGAAGCCCAAAUAUGUGAUAAUAUUGAAUAUCAUUGUAUUCUAUGUCGACCCAAGGACAAAACAUUAGCCCAAUUUUUAUGUUCAAAAACGUCAAAGAUCAAUAAAUCAGUACCACCAAUCGCUGACACUAUAAUAUCACAAAAUAAUGACACGGAAACUACAUUUUGGGUAGAUGGCGUUAGUAUGAGCGAAAGAGGUGCUAAUAUGAUUAAAGCAUUGUCGACAGACAUAAAAAAAAAACGUAAGGUACGUACUCCCAAUGAUUCACAAAAUAAAGAAUCGGGAAUAUUAGCAGCUAUUGAGUCCGUUGUUGCUGGAUCUAAUAACAAUGUUCCAAUAGAAGACAAUAUUGAAGCAGAAUCAUUAAAAAAGAGGGAUACAGAUCAUUAUAAGGACGGAAUGGUUUGGACAGGUGCCGAUAAUAAUCCACCCGAAGGAUUUUCAAUUUCUACAAAUGAUGAUGGAAUAUCAAUAUUACGGAAAAAACGUCAACGAAAUUUACAAAAAAUUGGUAUCGGCGGUUUCAGUGUGCGAAAUCGUGCGAUUAAAAAGGACGAAACGGCGCAAAAUUCUAAUAAUUGUAGCGAUCCAGAAAAGAGAAAGAAAGCCGUUCGAAAAAAAGUUAAAAGCCGUUUAAGUGAAUCCUAUCCAGCUUACUUGCAAGAGGCAUUUUUUGGCAAAUCAUUACUUGAAAUGAAAACCAAAAGCCAAUUAUCCGUAGACGAUUCUGAUAUAUCCGAUGAACAAAUUGAGCUCAUUGAUGCCUUGUUUUCUGAAGAACUACCUUGUUCAGUCAACAAAACUGAUCCAGAGCUACCUAAAAAUACUAAUGAAGAGCAAAGCAACUCGAUUUCCACUUUGACUCCAAACGUCAAAUUAAAAUGUAAAGAUGUGGAUGAAAGCGUAACUAUUGCAAAUGGAAUUGAAGCAACGAGCUCCAUUAAUACAAUUUCAAUGCAAGAAAUUUCCAACAGCAACAUAAUAACAUCAUCAAAAUUGGUUGAGUCAAAGAGAUCUAACACAAAAGUCGAUGAAAAAUCCAAGUCAGCAAUAUUCUUUACGGAUUUAUCAAAUGAAUCAGGUAGAUCUCCGUCCUCUUCCGUCAAUGUUAAAGGUCAAGUGAUUCCUACCCCCGAUGACCUUACAAUGAAACUAAUAUAUUCAGAAACACAACGAGGUAUUGAUUUCAGUACGAUUGCGCUCUCAAAGCAAACGGAGGAGACUAAUUUACUAGUUAAUAAUUUAAACGAAAAUGAGGCAAAUGUGGCUUUUAUUUCGCAAUCUCCGAAACAAAAUCGAGAACAAUCAUCCCAAAUACAAAUAUUGCCGAUACAUGUUCCAGUGCACAAUACAGCAUGUACAAUUGAUAAUCCUGCUUCUGAAAAUUUGGUAAUUCCUCAUAGCCAGUUUACUCAACAAUUGCAAACUCCACAACUUAAAAAUGCUCCGCCACAACUUGAUUCAGCUGGGACACAAAAAACAGCUGAAAAGAUGAGACGAGAUGAAGAUUUGGGAAAAACAGCAACAAUAUCGGCAGUACUUUAUGCUAAUACUCAGCAUCCCGAGCUAAAACAGAUGUAUCCAAACUGGAACGAUCGUUGUAAACAGAUUCUUAAAAGGUGGCGCUCACUUUCCAAUGAGAAAAAGGCUCCAUUUCUCCAACAAGCAAAAGACAACAGAUCUGCUCAUAGAAUACGGAGAUCGCAGCAGGAUCAAGAAAGAAUAUGUUUUAAUCAAAAGUCCUUAAAAGAGCAAGAACAAGAACGUAUAUGGAAACAACAUCAGGCAAAAGCUAAAGAAUCGCAAAACAGCGUAACUUAUAAUAACAGAGGGUAUUCAUUUGAUUUGAAUGGAGCUUAUGAAAUGAAUGCAAUAGACAAGCGAGAAGUAGUAUACAACGGGGACUCCAUGCCAAAAAAAACACAACCACAACUGGUUUCAAAAGAUAAACAUGAUAAACAGUCUGAAAAUAAACACCUAAGAACAUUGCUUUUAAAGGAACAGCAGCUAAGGUCGACAAUAACAGAUCCUUGGAUAUCGAACUCAGCACCCAACAAUUCUCCCAGCAGUUUGUAUCAACAUUCUUUGUCCAGUGAUUUGAUGUCUACCUCAAAUAAAUCAAAUUCAAUUGCAAGUAUUGAAAGUAAAAGUGUUCCGGUUGAUGAAUCUAAAAUUUGUAAACCGUUCGAAACUGUUCAGUUGGAACAAAAUAGUUGUAAUGAAAAUAAACACGGUUUUAAAAGCCGUAAAGAUAUUAAAUCAACGGAAAGUGGAGAGCCUGAGCUUGAAAAACUGGACUCUGAUGAAAAUGGGGCUUUCGGAGAUAUUUUGGGUGGCUUGGGUGAUGGAAAUGACGAUGAUCUCUUAAAAUCUUUAACGGCAGAAAUUGGAGACGAUUUUAAUAUUCUUGAAUAUGCGGAUCCAGCUUUAGACGAGCUAGCUUCAAAUCCAAACUUAUUAAACAAAUUAGAUUUUGAAUAAUUACCUUGUUACAAACAUUAAUUAAAUAACAAUACCAAUUUAUACUAAUUUGUAACGAUAUAACGCAUCCCAAAAUUGUUUUGCAACUUAUGAUAAUACAAGAAGCAAGUGAAGUAUUUGCUUCCAUAUCCACCAAUGGGUAUAUUGUAUGAUCUGUUAUAUCUUAGUUUCCCUUUUGAUCUAAGCAAAACAGAGAAUCUUCGUCAAAUUACGCACUAAAAUAUUUAUUAGUGAAAUUUAUCAAUAAAAACUCAAUGGUUACUGAAUUAUAUUUACUGAAAAUAAAAAUUAAAUUUAUUUACUCAAAAUAAAAAUAAAAUAAAAUUUAUU